CAAAAAUUAAAAUAUUCUAAUCAUUGUUGCAUGUAAAUAUGAUUUUUUUUCUUUGAUUUCCAUCUUACUUAUUCAUGCUUUACCAUAUAAUUCAAGUUUUUCGUGGAAUGGAAUAUUUUUAUAAAAUAUUUUUUAAAUAUAUAACUUGUAAAAAAAUUAUUAUUUAAAAAAAUUAUUUAAUCAUAUUUGAUUUUAUCAAUUCAUGUAUAUUAUAUAUUUCUAAAAUUUGAAAUUAAAAUAUUAUGUAUCUUUUUAUGGCAUAUAAUAUAAUUUAAACAAUACUAAAAUUUAUAUAUAUAUAUAUAUAUAUAUAUAUAUAUAUAUUUAGAAUAAGAUUUUAUACUCAUAUGGUUUUAUUGUCAUUUGUAUCUUUGUUAUAACAUAAUAGAAUAUACAUAAAUUACAUAGAUUAUGAUUAAUAUUUAUGUAAGAUUUUAAAAAUCUCACUUUAAAAUAAUAGAAUGUUCAUAAAUUAUGAUUAAUCUUUAGUAUUCAAAAUCGUUGAUGAUCAUAUAUAUUUUAAUCACACUAGAUAAUUUUAUAAUUUUUAAUUAAAAAAUGUUUUUAAAUUAUUGACUAAAUUUUAUGUAGUUUAAUAAAAUAUAAUAUAUAUUUAGAUGAAAAAAACUAUUUUCUCAAAAAUCACACAAAUAUUUAAUAAGGAUGCAUGACAUGGCUUACAUGUUAUAAUACUUCUCAACAAAUAUAUAAAUAAUAAUAUUUUAAUAGCACUAAAUCCAAAAUUAUGGAUCUAUAUACUUUUAGUAUCCUAAUAAUAAAAACGUACAGAUCUUUCUUUACAAUAUAAAAAUAUUAAUGGAUUAAAGAAAAGUUUUGCACAAAAAGAAUUAAAGAAAUGUAAAAGUAAUUAAUUAUAAAAAAACGUACCGUACUUUAUUUGUGUGUUUGAUGAUUGUUUAUUUAUCUCGUGUCUCUCUUUAGAUCUACUUUGCUUUUUUGUCCCAUUUAUAUAAAAUCCACCGCUCGAGCUUAACGUUCGCGUCUUCGUUCUCCUUCUUCCUUUGCUUCCUCUCUGAGUUGAACUCGUUCCGUUCGACUGAGCCAACUCCUGCGGAAGACCAGCUUCAAAAAAAUUCGCUAUUGGAUAAUAACUAUAUUGCCUCUUCAUUGGACUAAAAGGAGUGUUAAUAAAUGGCUGGUUCCAGGAGACAUUGCUCGGAUCAACGGUGAGUAAAACUCUGUUACACCGGUGAUCAAUACUCGAGAUGUUUAGAACAGGUAGAUGGAGGAACGAGAAGAACAGGAUCAAAGUCGUCUUCAGGCUAAAGUUCCACGCUACUCAGGCGUCUGAGUUGAAUACAGAGGGAUUGAUUCUCUCUCUAGUUCCCGGAGACAUUGGGAAACCGACGGCGAGGUCAGAGAAAGCUGUGGUUAGAGACGGGCAAUGCCGGUGGGAAAUUCCGGUUUACGAGACUGUGAAGUUUCUGAAAGAUGCGAAAACCGGCAAGGUUAACCAGAGGAUUUACCAUCUCAUUGUGUCAACGACGGGAUCUACAAGAGGUGGUUUGGUUGGAGAAACAUCAAUUGAUUUUGCUGAUUAUGCUGACGCAAUUAAAACUUGUAACGUUUGUCUUCCACUACACAACACAACUUCAAAAGCCUUGUUGCAUGUAUCAAUACAAAGGCAAUUAGAAUUUGAUGAUCCUCAAAGAGAGGAGGAUGAAUGCGAGAAUCUUGAAAAAAUGUCACAUGGUCAAGAUUUGAAGUCACAUUUGAGCCUCGGUGAUGCAGAUGAACCUCGUGCAAGCGGUUCGCAUGAGGAAGGGCCAUUUGGUAAAGCUGCACGGUUUGCUGAGCUGAGAAGAAGAGCAUCAACUGAAUCUGAUAGUACAAUGUCAAGCUCUGGAAGUGUCAUUGAGCCAACUACUCCUGAAGAAGUCGCCAAGUCUUUGAGACACCCUCCUAAGCAACUUCACUCGGCCAAAGCUUUGUUUGAAGAGCCACGUGUAUCCGAAUCCGAGUGGUCUGGAAGUUCUGAUCAUGGAAUCACCACCGAUGACUCCACCAAUGACAAAAUGUCUAAAAACUCCUCGGAGGAUGGGGAGGAGAUUGACAAGCUUAAGAACGAGGUAGCUUGUUUGACAAGGCAAGCAGAUCUUUCUGACCUAGAGCUGCAAAGCCUGAGGAAACAAGUCGUUAAAGAGACCAAAAGGAGUCAAGAUCUCUUGAAAGAAGUGAACAGCUUGAAGCAGGAGAGAGACUCUUUGAAGGAAGAUUGCGAGAGGCAUAAAGUCUCAGACAAGACUAAAACGAGGAACAGGAUGCAGUUUGAAGGAAGGGAUCCAUGGGUUCUCUUGGAGGAAACGAGAGAGGAGCUUGACUACGAGAAGGAUCGUAACUUCAAUCUCCGGUUACAGCUCCAGAAGACUCAGGAAUCAAACUCAGAGUUGAUCCUUGCUGUUCAAGAUCUUGAAGCUAUGCUUGAGGAAAGAAGCAAAGAAGCACCAAGAACCAUUGAUACAGAUGAAGAUGAGGAUCAAAAGGCUCUUGAGGAACUAGUGAAGGGACACAUGGAUGGGAAUAACACACACGUCUUGGAGCAGAAGAUCACAGACCUAUACAAUGAGAUUGAGGUUUAUAAACGAGACAAAGAGGAGCUUGAGAUACAGAUGGAACAGCUAGCUUUGGACUAUGAGAUACUUAAACAGGAGAAUCAUGAUGUCUCAUACAAGCUAGAGCAGAGCCAACUGCAAGACCAGUUGAAGAUGCAAUACGAAUGUUCAUCAGAGCUUGAGAACCAAGUGGAGACCCUUGAAGCCGAGCUCAAGAAGAGAUCAGAAGAAUCUUUGUCCCGGAUCAAAGAGCUUGAAACACAAAUGGAGAUCUUGGAGGAAGAGAUGGAGAGACAGGCUGAGGUGUUCGAAGCAGACAUCGAUGCAGUCACGAGAGGUAAAGUGGAGCAAGAGCAAAGAGCGAUACAAGCGGAAGAAGACCUGAGGAAGACGAGGCGGAGAAACGCUAGCGUAGCUGAGAAGCUACAGGAGGAGUUCAAGAGACUCUCCGAGCAGAUGGAUUCAAUGUUUGCAUCAAGUGAGAAAAUGGCUAUGAAGGCGAUGGCGGAAGCUAAUGAGUUAAGAAUGCAGAAACGUGAAGUUGAAGAAAUGCUCAAGAAGACUAAUGAUGAGUACGAGGGAAAGCUCAAGGAGCUUUCUGAAAAGCUGAGUCAGAUGGAGAGGCAUGAAGAAAAAGUUACUUCAAAUCUAAACCAAGAGAUCAAAUUCUUGAAGGAUGAGAUUGAGAAUCUGCAAAAGGACAAACAUAGCCUCAUGUUACAAGAAGAGAACCUAAGAGGUGAGCUGGAAGAGACGGAAAGGAAUAAAAACGAGCUAGAGAGCAGGAUUGAGUCAAUGAGGGAAGAAUCAGAGUCUCUAGCAGAGGAGUUGCAAGCGGUGAAGCGUAUCAAGGAUGAAAAAGAAGCAGCAAUUACACACUUACAGACAGAACUAGAAACCGUGAGAGCCAAGUUUGAUGACCUAAAUCAUUUAUUCUCAGAGAACGAUUCGGAGAUGGAGAAGCACAAGAAGCAAGUAACACAAGUGAAAGGUGAGGUGAAGAAGAAAGAAGAAGCAAUAGCUAACCUUGAGAAGAAGCUCAAGGAAAGCAGAAUCGCGUUUAACAACUUAACCAAAACCGCGCAAAGAAACAACAACAAAGGAAGUACAGUAGGAGCUAAAGAAGUUGCUGUUAUGAAAGAUAAAAUAAAACUUCUCGAGGGGCAAAUAAAACUGAAGGAGACUGCUCUUGAAGCUUCAUCAAACAUAUUCAUCGAAAAGGAGAAGAAUCUGAAGAACAGAAUCGAGGAGCUGGAAACUAGUCUCGACCAGAACAGCCUAGAGGUUAUUAAUAAAGAUAACCAUGAAAAGGAAGAAGUCCGAGUUCUGGAAGCGGAGAUGGCGUCAUUGAGAGAGUGUAAUGAGACGAUGGAGAUGGAGCUGAAGGAGAUGCAAGAGAGAUACUCAGAGCUAAGUCUGAGAUUUGCAGAAGUGGAAGGCGAGAGACAACAGCUUGUUAUGACAGUACGUAAUCUCAAAAACGCCAAGAGGAGCUAAACCGGUAUAUAUCAGAACCGGUUUACAGGUUUAUAUAAAAAAAAGGAAGUAUAUGUAAUCACUUUGUUUCUUGUUUAUGUAAUUACACUUUGUUUAUGUUUUCUAAGUAAUUUGCAUAAGUUUCAGUUCUCUA